ACGCGCCGACGUGCUGACGCGCGGGGUUCGUGCCGAGGCCCCGAUUCCGCGCCCGCCAUGGCCGACAAGAUGGACAUGUCCCUGGACGACAUCAUUAAACUCAACCGGAGCCAGCGGGGCGGACGCGGCGGGGGCCGGGGCCGAGGCCGGGCCGGAGCCCAGGGCGGCCGCGGCGGCGGGGGCGCGCAGGCGGCAGCCCGCGUGAGCCGAGGCGGGGGCCCCGUUCGGAACAGGCCGGCCAUGGCCCGCGGAGGCGCCGGGGGCGGCGGCAGGAACCGACCCGCGCCCUACAGCCGACCAAAACAGCUUCCAGAUAAAUGGCAACACGACCUGUUCGACAGCGGCUUUGGAGGCGGGGCUGGCGUGGAGACCGGUGGGAAAUUGCUGGUCUCCAAUCUGGAUUUUGGGGUCUCAGAUGCGGAUAUUCAGGAACUAUUUGCUGAAUUUGGAACUCUGAAAAAGGCAGCUGUACAUUAUGAUCGGUCUGGCCGGAGCUUAGGAACAGCAGAUGUUCACUUUGAGCGAAAAGCAGAUGCUCUGAAGGCCAUGAAACAGUAUAACGGAGUCCCUUUGGAUGGUCGCCCUAUGAAUAUUCAGCUUGUUACAUCACAGAUCGAUACACAACGAAGACCUACACAGAGUGUAAAUAGAGGCGGAAUGACUAGAAACCGUGGCUCUGGUGGUUUUGGUGGUGGAGGUGGCACCCGGAGAGGCAGUCGUGGAGGCAAUCGAGGAAGAGGCAGAGGGACUGGAAGAAAUUCGAAACAACAGCUUUCCGCAGAAGAACUAGAUGCACAAUUGGAUGCUUAUAAUGCCAGGAUGGAUACCAGUUAAACUAGCCAACAUAUUCCCUGCAUGGAACAGGACCCAGGAAUCUCAUUCUUUACCCUUUUCGCUGGAGGGCGGAGUAGAGGACUGUGGCUCUGCUAUCAAUGAUGGAUUUGUUUCUUUUAUGUUUCGAAAUAGGAUUUAAAACUCAUGUAAAGGUUUUUUUUUUAAUUCUGAAACAGACCUGUUUUGUACCAAGUUAUUUUUGGGAUAAAUUUUACUGGUUGCUGUUGUGGAGAAGGUGUCGUUUUCACCUUUGCCAUAAUAAAAUAGAAAUGUGUGUAGACGUGGAA